GUUGCGGGUUAAUAGAAUCCAACAGUAAAGCUACGAAUUCUUCUGAGAUUCCAUCUGGGAUUGGAAGGUUGAUCUGAAUAUGAAGUUCUUCUUGAAGGAUUAACAGUACUCGCAGUGGAGUUGCCGCCUAUCUGAUAUUUUCUCCUGAAAUGGGGCGAAAAUCGCAAACAGGUGACUAUCGAGAAGUUGAUACUGAAUCAAGUACGUGUAAUUUGCUUGAAUCUAAGGAAGAAGAUGGAAUCUACACUGAGGAUGGGACCGUAGAUUACCUUAACAAUCCGGCUAAUAAGGAAAAAACAGGAACUUGGAAGGCUUGUGGCUUCAUCUUAGGCAAUGAAUGUUGUGAAAGAUUAGCGUUUUACGGAAUGAGCUCUAAUUUAGUACGGUAUUUUAAGUAUCAUUUGAAUGAGCAUAGCGCAACGGCUUCAAGAAAUCUUUCAACUUGGACCGGAACUUGCUAUCUUACACCAUUGAUUGGAGCAUUUGUGGCCGAUACUUAUAUUGGACGAUAUUGGACAAUUGCCAGCUUCUCAAUCAUCUAUGCAAUUGGCAUGGCAAUGUUAACACUAUCGGCAUCAGUCCCGGGGCUAAAACCAACAUGUUAUGAAAACGAUGUUUGCAGUGCAACGGAAGCGCAAAUCGCUCUGUGUUUCACAUCUCUUUAUCUUGUGUCACUAGGAACCGGAGGAAUCAAACCCUGUGUCUCCUCUUAUGGUGCAGAUCAAUUCGACGAUCACGAUGAGGUUGAAGAAAAACAAAAGAGUUCGUUCUUCAAUUGGUUUUAUUUUGUCAUAAAUAUUGGUGCACUCGUGGCUCAUUCGGUUCUAGUUUGGAUCCAAGACAAUGUGGGCUGGGGUUGGGGGUUCUUGGUUCCUACUGUAGCUAUGGCGAUUGCGGUGGUUUCGUUCUUUUCAGGUACUAAGUUGUAUCGGAACCAGAUUCCGGGCGGCAGCCCGCUCACCCGCUUGUGUCAGGUGGUGGUUGCUUCUUUUAGAAAGAAACGGAUUGAAGUUCCUUCAGAUAGUUCACUCUUAUAUGAGGCUUCUGAUGCUGGUCUUUCUAAUUCUGGAAUCCACAAGAUCGAUCACACGUUAGAUUUCCUUUUCCUCGACAAGGCGGCUGUGGUUUUGUCCUCGGAUCAUAGGAACGGGUCGAUAGACCCGUGGAAGCUUUGCUCGGGGAGCCAAGUCGAGGAACUGAAAGCGGUCUUACGGUUGCUUCCAAUAUGGGCCACGGGUAUCAUUUUCUGCACGGUUUACGCACAAAUGAGUAACCUGUUUGUGUUGCAAGGGUCCACUCUUGACCCUCGGGUCGGCACGUCCAGUUUUGAGAUUCCGCCGGCUUCACUCGGGAUUUUCGACACAAUCAGCGUGAUAUUCUGGGUCCCGGUCUAUGACUGUGUUAUCGUCCAUGUAGCCAGACGGCUCACGGGUCAACAAAAUGGGUUGACCCAACUCCAACGGAUUGGGACCGGCCUCUUCAUUUCCAUCUUCAGCAUGGUGUGUGCUGGCAUUCUUGAAGUUGUUCGGCUCGAGAUUGUAUCGAGAAACAACUACUACGAACUCGAUCGGAUUCCAAUGUCGAUAUUCUGGCAGGUGCCACAGUACUUUCUUAUGGGGUGUGCAGAAGUUUUUACGUUUAUCGGACAACUGGAGUUCUUUUACGAACAAGCCCCUGAUUCGAUGAGAAGUUUAUGUGCUGCUCUUCAACUAACAAUAACGGCCCUUGGGAACUACCUGAGCGCUUUUCUCGUUACCAUUGUCACGGUCAUCAGUACUCAAGGUGGUAGCCCAGGGUGGAUAACGGACAAUCUCAACUACGGCCAUCUCGACUAUUUCUUCUGGCUCUUGGCCGGUCUCAGUGUCGUGAACUUGGGAGUUUUCAUCACGUUGGCGAAGCGGCACACGUAUAAAAUACCCGCCGGAGCGGUUCGCUGAAGUUAGCGAGAUGAUGCUUCGGAAACUUGUACUUACAGCAACAUGGAUUGUAAAUAAGUGUGUUGCAACUUGUACAUUUUUUAUGGUGAUCCAAUUGACUCUACUUAUGG